AUGACGGAGGCGUUUUACAGUCAACUCUUUUUGGAUUUGCCGGAUAUCCGCAAUGGCCAAACCUCUUUGCAAGUCCUAGAAAUGUAUCGAAAAUACGUUAAAGACCAAGUCCAAAAGGAAAUUAAUAACCUGAGUUCGUUUGCUCUGGCUUGGGGUGCCCAUUCUUUGCUGGCCGCGGACGGUCGGAUGGUUGUCACCUUGGACAUGAAAACUCGAUUGGCUUGUUUGCUAGUCACCGAGACGGUGUCUUGUGGCGAGUCUUCGUUUCAGCCAAACGUAAACUCGCCCUUCUUACCGAUUCUUGUAAGUGAUUCAUUGUCUGUUUUAAACCAAAACAAGGAGGAGAAUUCGUUGGAGCGAGAGUCCAUCUUGGACUUGAUUGAAUCCUUUCUUCCCAUUAUUAUGGGCAAUGAUGAACAUCAAAAGUUGCUGGCAGCUGCCAAUUCGGAGGAACCAGUUUCAGAAGAUACCUGGGAUAUGCUGGAUAAGACAGUCAACAAGUGGACAACAGUCUACCAAGAUACAAAUUAUGUUAGUCCAUUGCUCUGGGCAAAAACGGAAUCGGAACAAAAGGAAAUGGCAGCCAUUGUGGAUCAGCAAGGAGCAAAGCCCGUGUCUAUAGAUACCAUCAUGGCUCCUUUACCCAGCAUUGAUACUCCUUUUGCUCGUCCUUUGCCGCCUCCAAUGCUACCACUGUAUGGAUAUGAAAAUGAAGAACCACUGGACGGGCCACAAAAGGAUGGGCUGGAGGAGUAUGCGCAAUCAGAGUUGUUGUGGUUGACCCCCAAUAAUCUUAGGUUCAUGAUGCUUCCAGGACAAGAAGAUUUGAAGAAAGACUCUGAAGAAUACCUUCUCAUGUUGAAACUUCUUCAGAACACUGGAUUCAGCGCACCAUUUACACCUCAAGAUCAGCGAAUCCUUUUGGAGGCUCUGAACGAACAAAAGGCUACAGAGAAUGGAGAAGGCGCUUCUGCACUUCGAGAGCAACUGGUCAAAGAGUCAGGGCUCACUGCGCAAAAUCUACCACUCAUGGUGGAACACAAUCCGCUGGUGGCCCACGAAUGUUUGCUAGUGCUUUUACAAACAUCACCGGAAGAAACCAAAAAUGAUUUUCUUUCUGCAUUGGUUGGUAUGGACAUGACAUUGCAUACGAUGGAAGUGGUAAAUCGACUUGCUACCUACAAUGUGAAUACAGGCAAGGAUGCCAUUCUACAUCCGGAAUACAUCAAUCUAUUCAUAUCGAGUUGCAUUGCCAGUGUGGAGAGCAUUCAAGAUCGGCAAGCUCAAAAUCGUCUUGUUCGAUUGGUUUGUGUAUUUAUUCAAAGCCUUCUUCGAAACAAGAUUGUUCAUGUGGAUGAUAUCUAUUUUGAACUACAAGCAUUCUGUAUCGAGUUUUCUAGGAUAAGAGAAGCAGCCGCACUCUUCAAAGUUUUGAAGAAAAACAGUGAACCAUAA